GGAAGCCCGGGGCGCGCUGGCAAAGCCUUGGACGUUUCUCAGAGCUGCUGGCUCUUUGGAGAGGAGCCCUCAGUUGCUCUUUAGCCGUUUGGCUUCGCUCCUCCUUUCCCCCUCCGAAUCAAGCUAGUCUGAGCUUGCAGGGUUUCCGAAGUGGUGGCUGAAGCCGGGACAGGUUGGGGGAGGGGGCGGGAAGGAAAGUGACAGAACACUUGCUGUGGGGAGCCCUGCCCCGGCCCCUCUCCCCGGGGUGUUUGUCGCUGCAGCCUGGGUGCAAGGGGGGCUAGCGUGCGCCUGGGGGAGAGGAGGAAAGUGCCGUGCUUUGCACUGGUUUCCCUGCUCAAAGUUCCUGUUUUCUCAGCGCCGCGAGUCUUACGAUCCAUUGUGUCGCCGAGCUCAGCUGGCCGGGGCGAGAGGAAGGAAAAUCCCGCCGAGCCAAAUUGGGCACUGCCUGCCGGCGGGGGGGAGAUGCCAUCGCCGGCGAGCGGCGGCGCCUGCUAAGCGACCCGCAGCCGGGGGCGGCGGAGAUGCGGGGUCGCCCUUCGGAGCGCGGCUGAAGCCUCGACAAUGACGACUGGCCUCGAAGCAUGGCCAGUGGGAGCGGGACGGUCCUGCUGAAAUGCGUGGUGGUGGGCGACGGGGCCGUGGGCAAAACGUGCCUGCUGAUGAGCUAUGCCAACGACGCGUUUCCAGAGGAGUACGUGCCCACCGUGUUUGACCACUACGCGGUCACUGUUACAGUUGGGGGGAAGCAGUAUCUGCUGGGGCUGUACGAUACUGCAGGACAGGAAGACUACGAUCGUCUGAGACCUUUAUCUUAUCCUAUGACGGAUGUCUUCCUUAUCUGCUUCUCAGUGGUAAAUCCAGCCUCAUUUCAAAAUGUGAAGGAGGAGUGGGUACCAGAGCUAAAGGAAUAUGCACCUAAUGUACCCUUUUUAUUCGUAGGAACCCAGAUUGAUCUUCGUGAUGAUCCAAAAACUUUAGCAAGAUUGAAUGAUAUGAAGGAGAAGCCUAUAUCUAUGGAACAGGGACAGAAAUUAGCAAAAGAGAUAGGAGCCUGCUGCUAUGUGGAGUGUUCAGCUUUAACACAGAAAGGACUGAAGACUGUUUUUGAUGAAGCUAUAAUAGCCAUUUUAACUCCAAAGAAACACACAGUGAAAAAAAGAAUAGGAUCAAGAUGCAUAAACUGCUGUUUGAUCACGUGAGAUGCAUUUGACAAUGGCCAGGCCUACUGUGAAUUUCUAUCAAAUGUAAAUGAUACCGUACAUAAGUACACAGAACUUGUUAUAGAUCAUAGAAGUUUGUAAGCUAAAAACUUAGGAAUCUAACCUCUGAAAUCAGUGAAAUCCAGAGGAACAAAACCAAACAAAUCAACAAAACUCUAGUAAGAAGCAGCCACCAUCUUUUACAAAUCCUUUAUUUGGACUGGAAGAUACAUACAAUCUCUCAGGGGUUAAAAAAGUUAGAGCCGGCAACAACAGCAUAUAAAUAAUGCUGUAAGUGGAGAUGCUUGGCCCAAAAACACGUUGAACAUAUUUCAAUAGUCUCUUGCUUUGAUCACAUAAAAAUUUCUGCCCAGUCCGUAUGGAAUCUGCACAAAGAAAUACCUUCUGUCUUUGCCCCGGUUAUCUGCUUUUGUACGUAAGCUGCUUUCGAUUCCAGUAUAUCCACAGAGGUGCAAUAAUGAGGCCAGCCACAUAGCCAAAGGUAGCUCCGAGGGAACAGGAAAUGGGCCAUAUCUGAGGGCAGAAAAUAUACAGUAAAAACAGAGAAACAAGGAAAAUAUUGUUUGAGCACAAGUUCAAUGUAAUCAAAAUAUUGAAAGGCAGUACAACCUUUUUCUCUUUAAAGCUUGACGCGCUUUCCUAAAGAAUGCGAAAAGUGUAACAAUCAUACAUGUAUUUAUCAUGAACACUAAGUGUUGUACAGUUAAUUAAUAUAUAUUAAAAUGUAACCAGCCUUCUGGCUACUGCAGGCUUAGUAUGAUACUCACAAAACCAACUGAGAAACUUAAGCAUUUGUGUUACCUGAAGUUUGGGCCAGAUUUAUUGAUAAAGUAUUCUUCAAUUUUUCUGCACACCUUUUGAGAUUUGUAAAAUGUGCAGUUUAAAAAAAAAACCACACAUACACUUGUACCUUUUGCCUUCUUUCUUCCCAUGGACCUUCUAAGCUGUUGGAUAAGUGUGCAGAAAAGAAUGAAGAAUACCAAAUGAGCCUACAUAUCAAGAUGGGGGCAGGGUUUGGUUGACUACACAUACCAGCAUGGACUUGAAAAGCAGGCAGGGGAAUUUCAUAGUUCUUUCCUACUGCUAGUCAAAGGGGACGUAUGGAUGCUGAAUGCACAUUUUACACACAGUUCAGCAAUCAAAAAGUAGGCCCAGUUAAAUGCAGACCCCACUAGGGUUUAGUGCUUAGAAAUUCAUUUCAUUUCCUAGUACAAGGACAGAAUUGGCUCAAUAUGGUCAACUCGUUCUCACACUGCUUCAGGUAAUGGGGCUAGUAGUAGAGUGGAUUUUUUUUCCCCAUACUUGAACCUGGGGGGGAGGGAGAAAUCAAAAAAGCAUUUAAAGUAAAGCCCUAAUCUAGCCUAGGAUGUGGUGGUUAGAGCAUAAUUACCACCCAAUAACAUCCCGUCAAAUGAAGAGCCUCACUGUGUUGAUGACAAAAGAUAAAUUUUAAUUCCUAUUGCUCUUAUAAUGAUUCUUCCAUCUUUUGCCAGGACAACCCUUACUAUGCCUGCUGAACAAUGGUCUCCAUUUUGAGGCAAGUGUACAGUGUACUGGUCUUCUCCUGUUUUCAAGGAGGAGGAGAAAACUGGACAUCAUAGGAACCAUCAGUGCCUCACUUUCUAUCUUUUUGUUCCAGGUCUUCCCUUGUGAUUCAUGAGCAGCAAAGAGUAUGUUUGCUCUUUAUGGUAUUCAUCUUCCUUCUGAAGUUAGCUUUUUCCUAGCUUUGAUCCUGUCCAUUACAUCCUUCUGGUUUGGGGAAGCAUAUUUCCCUCCUAUCUUCUGAUCCUGGGAAGUUUAACUCGAAUAAGUGCUUUGGUUCUCUGCUGUUUCACCUUCACAGUCCUUAUUGUGUGCAGUUUUAUAAGUAUUAUUUGGAGGUCUUUAGGAGUGUAGCAAAGAUGACUAUCUAUAAAUGAGGUGCCUUAGGUACUCUUUAUUGACCUUGAUUCACUCUCCAUUCAUGGCCCCUGUUUCUAUUUGGUAAUUUUGUUCAACAGUGUCAUGCCUGCUGCCUCUUUUAAACCAAAGACUUGCUCAUUUUCAUUCAUUAACAACGGCAUUGCAUCUCUUUUGUAUAAAGUCUUGAUGUCUUCACACAAUAAGGUAUUACAUACAUUUAUAAAUAGUAUAGUGUGGCCUUGGGUAAGAUUAUGCUUCAAUUGGAUCUUUACAUUUCCAUUAUCAGGUUGAAAUCAACUUCAGUAAGUUCCAGAAUUUUACAGGUCAUUAUACGUGUUUACAAAGCAAAAAUUUCUGCAAUGAUAUAACAAAUGUGUUACCUUCUGUAUGAAAGUGCCUCUUGCAGUACUGCUAGAGGUAAGAAGAAACCAUUUGUAUUUCAGCCAAGUCAAAUACCUCUCUAUCCACAAUGGCUUGAUUAACUUGGCAGUUUUCUCUGUGUCCAAUUCACUAACUCUGAGUGAUCAGCGACCCUUUAUUAAAAAUCUUACCUACAUUAGGUGAAUUCAAAGUCUGUAGGUCCUCAUCUGCUUUUCACAAGUACGUGUUGUUCCUGGUGGGGCUUUUGGAAUCUUUCAUAUUUCCCCUUGUGAAUCAACAUCCCUCACAAUCUAUAGCAACUCUCUUUUUUUUGCCCUAUCCAUGCUCUUACUGGGUCAUUCAACUGCUACUAUGACUUAAGGAAUUUUUGGGGAUAGUUUUAUCUUCUCCUGGUCAAAUUGCAACCUGGUGUAAAGCUCAACAUUAAAAACUCUCCUGCAUUCUCAAUCAUUGUCCAGCACUUCAUAACUUUAUUUUUUAACAUACUGCUGUCACUUUCUUCAUAACUUCAAAAGCAUUCUUCCUUGCUUCCUUUUAAAUCUGCGAUAGUAUAUUGCAGAAUUUUAUAGACCAUGUUAUCAAAAUUCAAUCCAGGGAUCUUUGACAGACCUCUGGAAUCCUCCCUUGGCUUUUAGCAGCUGACAGAAAUGAGAGGGAGGAAAGCACACACACACACUUUUCCCAGCAACUAAGUGGAAGGGGGCAAAAAGAGAUAAGGAAUGCCACCCUUCCAGUGGCACAGAAGGGAAGGAUACUGGGCCAGAUCCUCAGCCUGACUGCAGUCCCUUUGGACUGCUCUGAUGGCACAAAGGAGCUGUAAAGCCAGCUUUACUUGGCCUCCUGCGGAUUCCCCAAACAUAGGGGGAAAAUCCUCAGCAUGUACAGAUUGAGCCUAGCUACGUUGUGCUCAUAGCCUCCAGGGUAAGGAGUGCAACUGGGGGUUGGGAAUAUUGUCAGAGCCCUUCUGCACCGUUCUGACCCUUGUCUGCUGGAAUGGCCCUUGAAGCUGACUUGCAGCCAGGUGCAAUUUACAGGAGCCCAAAGGCUCUUCUAGGUUGAAUUAACUGCUGGCUGGCCCCCGGACUGAGAAACUGCAGAGAUGACAAAGUGGCCUCUGCAAAGUGGACUACUGUGUUAACUGAAGCCACAAAACAAUCACAGUGCAACUUCCUCCAAUUGUGAUGUGUCAUGGCAUAAGUGACUCACAAAAACACUGUCAUGACAACACGCACAGCAACUAUAACUUCAUUGAUUCCGUAAGGGCUCUUCUGAUCUUCAAGGCUGAGUAUCACUGCUCUCGAUUGUUUCCUGGACCCUCAUUCCCAUAGAUUCUAAUAAUUUUCUGCUUUGCCUUUUGGAAUCAAAUUAAUUUUCUUGGUCAGGCUGGAUUCUCCCUGGUUUCUGCAUUUGCCCUCUGUAUUUGAGUAUUAAGCUCAUGCGGAUUGCAGUCCCCUCUCAAAGCUCAUUCUAGUCCUCAGAGAAUUGUAGAGGAUUGUACACAAUUUAGUUUAUUUUCUACUCUCUGACCAACGGGAGUUAGGCACCUGUCUCUGCAGCCCCUAUCUACACAUCCUCACUGGUUCCCACAUGAAGGUUGGGUCAGGAACACAUAAAUAGGACGGUAGGCUGCAUCCUCGCUUCAGGUCAGAGAGAGGGGAAAGUUUCUGGUUGUGAGAUGGGGAAAGCUAUGACUUCCUUCGGACAACUAUCACAAACUGUCCUGCUUCUGAGAUGCCAGAAUAAACAUCAACCAGCAUCCCCACAAAACCCAUGAAAGCAGCCAGUUCCCAUAUCAUAUACAUGUGGAAAAUGGCCAGUUCUAAGGUGUGUGUAAUUAUGAAGCUGAAUUGAACAGCUGCUUGAAAAAAAAAAUCUAACAUCCACUCACCAAUUAUUGCAGAAAAGCACCGUUUUAAAGGAGGGAGCAUGGUCCAGUAGUUAGAGCACAAGACAGGCAUUGUGGAUUCUAUUCCUAGCCUGGCCAGUGACUUGUUCUGUGACUUUGGGCAAGUAAUUUCUCUGUGCCUCUACUUUACCAUCUGUAAAAAACAGAUAGUACUUGACUCAAGAAACCCUCGUGAGAAAGCAUUAUAGAAAUGCAAGGUUACUAUCGGAUAGGUUUUCAUCUUAACAAUGACUCUACUACUAAGCAUAUUGUAGACUGGACUGUAUGGCAUGGUUGCAUUGAAGUACACGGCUUGUGGUUUUGGCCCCAUGGGAUUGUUAGCAGCCCUUAUAUGGCUGCUCUGACUUAUACUGAGUAUCUGGCCUUGCACUCAGAAACCUCAGGCUUUGGGGACAGCAAAGGUAAACACUGCUCCCCUCAUGCACCUGACUUGCACUGCAUGCUCAUUGUCUGCAGCUGGGGAUUUGGCCUAAAAUCGCACAAGGGGUAAAAAUGCUAUGUUGGCUAGUAACUUCUCUUACUUGUAUUAGGUCUUCUACAAAAACAUGCAAGCAUUCAGAUUCUGAGCCAGGGUCCAGUCCAGUAUGAUACUGGGCACUUGUCAACUCUCACUGCCUUUAAUGAGAGAAGAGGGUGCCCAGUAUCGCACAGGGAAGGCUUAGCAGUUUGUAGGAUUACAUCAAAGUAAGUAGCACUGCAGAAUCAUAUACCUGGACAAUACAAUUGGAACUUGUCAUGACUGCAUGAUUAUUUUGCCCUUUGUUAACGUAACUCCCCUCACAAGGAAUGGGAGUUGCAGGUAGGCAAUGCUAGCAGAAACACUUAUAAAGUUGCUCAAUGUAGUGUUUAUAAAGUGGGCAGCUACCUAUUAGGAAAACAGGGAUUUAUUUUUAAAGAUGCAAAUAGCAGAUAAAGUGAUCUAUUGUAAGUGGUACCUUCAAUUUUUAAUAAAUUAAGACCAUUCAUUAGACUUUGUAUAAGGGCACUUUGAUUCCUGAACUAUAACUUUAAUUUUUGUGCAUACUAUUUUACAAGAUCCAGUCCACAGCUGUCAAUUAGGAAGCUAUAUAAGUAAUAUGGUUACAUAGGUUUCAGAUAGAAAUUGACUGAAUAAAUGUGCACAGUGAUUUUUUUUUUCCCCUUGAACCUAACAUGCCUUACAGGGUUAUAU